AUGACGACCAUGGAUUUGCGAGUCGGUAAUAAAUACCGCAUUGGCCGUAAGAUUGGAAGCGGUAGUUUCGGUGACAUCUACCUUGGUACCAACAUCAUCUCCGGUGAGGAAAUUGCUAUCAAGCUCGAGAGUGUCAAGGCCAAGCACCCCCAGCUCGAGUAUGAAGCUCGUGUUUACAAAUCGCUCGCGGGAGGUGUUGGAAUUCCGUUUGUCCGCUGGUUCGGCACCGAAUGUGAUUACAACGCCAUGGUUAUCGAUCUCCUUGGUCCCAGUCUGGAGGAUCUUUUCAACUUCUGCAACCGCAAAUUCUCCCUCAAGACCGUUCUCCUCCUGGCAGACCAGCUGAUCUCCCGCAUUGAAUACAUUCACGCCAAAUCCUUUAUCCACCGUGACAUCAAGCCCGACAAUUUUCUGAUGGGUAUUGGCAAGCGUGGAAACCAGGUCAAUGUGAUCGAUUUCGGUCUGGCCAAGAAGUACCGUGACCCCAAGACGCACUUCCACAUCCCGUACCGCGAGAACAAGAACCUUACCGGAACGGCCCGUUACGCCAGUAUUAACACCCACCUGGGUGUUGAGCAGUCUCGCCGUGAUGACAUGGAAUCUCUGGGAUACGUCAUGCUCUACUUCUGCCGUGGCACUCUCCCCUGGCAGGGUCUGAAGGCGGCCACGAAGAAGCAGAAGUACGACCGCAUCAUGGAGAAGAAAAUGACCACCCCCACCGAAGUCCUCUGCCGUGGAUUCCCUAACGAAUUCUCCAUCUACCUGAACUAUACUCGCUCCCUUCGGUUUGACGACAAGCCCGACUACUCCUACCUUCGCAAGAUCUUCCGCGACCUGUUCGUCCGCGAAUCCUACCAGUACGAUUACGUUUUCGACUGGACCGUCUACAAGUACCAGAAGAACGCUGCCAUGAUUGCAGACGCCACCAACAAGAAGGAUAAGGACGCCGAGGGCCGCCAGGCUGCCGGUGCAGCCCAGCUUCCUAUGCCCGCACCGGCUGCUGCGGCCAAGCCUGGCGCUAUCUCCAGCCAGCGUCGCAAGGUCAUUGAACGCGGCACCCUCGACAACACCCCCGACACUAACCGUGCUAUGGGAGGAAGUGACAGGAUGCUGCGUUCUGCUUCUAAGGUUGCUGCUUCAGGUGCUUAUGGGCCUACUGGUAGCCGCCCGAAGCGGGAUGAUGGAUAUGGUGCUCAGUGGUACUGA